AUGACCACUAGACAUGGCUAUGAAAAUGCUAAUGCAACAUAUGGGCUUGAAGGAUUGGGCACAAAAGGUAAUGAGUAUAUGGCAUUUGUUUGCAAUUGUAUUAAUGGAGACGCCACUGAAUGUGGUUAUAGAAAUGGAUAUAAUGAUGAAAGGUUUGCUGGAGACAUUGAGAAAAUAGGGAAAAUUGGAUAUAAAUUUGGUGGUAUUAAGACUUCAGAGAUGAAGUUAUUGGGUUCUAGCCCAUGUUGUGGUACUAUGUGA